GGAUUUAAACCAAGUUCAGGAACAGUACAAGAGCUAAAUUUCCGUAGCAACAAGAAUGUGUGGGGAUACUUCAGUGUGGCAGCUUCUGGUGGUCUACAUGAGUUUGCUGAUUCUCAAUUUGGACAUUGUUUUUCUUGGGGUGAAAGUAGAGAAGAUGCUCGAGAGAAUUUGGUCAUAGCUUUAAAAGAACUAUCAAUUAGAGGUGAUUUCAGAACAACAGUAGAAUAUCUGAUUAAAUUGCUAGAAACAGAUGCCUACCAACAGAACUAUAUCACAACUGGUUGGCUAGAUAGACUGAUAGCUGAGAAAGUACAAGCUGAGAAACCAGAUACCAUGUUAGAAACAACCUACAGAAUAUAA